AUGUCGAGAGUAUCCUAUAAAGUUAUUCACCGACAUGGCUUCUAUAAAUCAAAACAUCAGUUUUACUCGAACAGUGAUGCGACCUUUCAACUGCCACGGCUUUUAUUAUUAUCAGGAGAUAUAUCUACAAAUCCAGGACCUAUCAAUGGCACACAAGCAAAUGGAACUGAGAAUUUAGAUCAUCUCAAUUUCAAGCUCGAAGGAAAGGGACUUAAAAUAUGUCACCUGAAUGUACGAUCUCUUCCCCGCCAUCUUGACGAGAUACAAACACUGAUACGGGUGAACAAUUUUGACCUAUUUCUCAUGUGUGAAUCCUGGCUUAACGAUACUUGGCUAGACAGUGCUAUUAACAUUGAUGGCUAUGAAAUAUAUCGAUGUGAUAGAACAAGGGGACAGAAAGGAGGUGGUGUAGCAAUAUUUAUUAAGAAUAACCUCAUUUGUAAAAGAAUUUCCCUGGACAAUAAUGCAGAGGACAUAGAACAACAUUCUGCUGGGCCAAAAACGGCAUUUGUUGUUUUAUACCGUCCUCCGAACUCCCCUGUUAGACUGUAUAAUAGCAUUGCAAACUUGAUCGAGGCUGCAUCAAGCCAGUACAAUGAAGUUGUGGUCGCCAGUGACUUUAACAUUGACCUGUUUAAAAACACUGAUGACAGAUUAUCUAAGGCAUGA